ACAUCUGUCAAAAACCAAACCAUUUUUAAUUUGAAUGCAUAUUUUCAUAAACUGUUAGGUCUUUUUCGAAAAGCGGUUCAAAUAAAAAAUUCGCACAAAAAUUUCCUGAAAUCUGAAAAAUCUUAUUGAAAAAACGUGUCUAUUGCCAAAAUGUCAAUUUCAUCAUCAAAAUAACGCCCCACCAAUUGAUAUUUUAAUAAUUUUACAAUAAAUCUCGUGAGUUUUUUGUAAUUUUUAAUUAAAAUGGAAAACUGCUUCAGCGACCACAAAACACCGAAAAAGAGUAUUCACAUCGAUGGCGAGAAAUUACUCGAUAAAAUCAAUAUUUUAACAACAAAAUACGAAAAUAGUCUAAAGGUUCCUACGAUAAAGGAUUUCGUUAUCAUCAAACCCAUCUCGAGGGGAGCAUUCGGAAAAGUGUUCCUCGGCUACAAGAACAAUGAUCCCAACAAGCUAUUCGCUGUUAAGGUUAUGAGGAAGUCGGAAAUGAUAAACAAGAACAUGGUCUCGCAGGUCAUCACCGAACGCAAUGCUCUCGCCUUAUCACGCAGUCCGUUCUGCGUGAGUCUGUUCUAUUCGUUGCAAUCGGUGUCGUAUGUUUACCUGGUCAUGGAGUACAUGGUUGGCGGGGAUUUGAAAUCCCUGCUGGCCAUGUACGGGUUCUUUGAUGAACCAGCUGCCAGGUUCUAUGUGGCAGAGAUUACUUUGGCGUUGCAAUAUCUUCACGAGCAUGGAAUUGUCCAUCGGGACAUCAAGCCUGACAACAUGCUUGUCUCGGCCUCUGGUCACGUGAAGUUGACUGAUUUUGGUCUGAGUAAGAUUGAAUUGAGAAGAGAUCUUGAAAUAUCGGAUUUAAUUAAUUGUUCACCCAACUUGAAUGCCAGGACACCUGGGCAACUGCUUUCCCUGACGUCGCAUCUUUCUUUUGGUUCCGAAAAGAAACACGAAGGCGCUACCUCACAUCUUCUAAAUGCAAUGAACAAACAUAGCAAGUGUGAUAUAAUCCUGGAAUCAUCUGAUAGCGAAGUAGAUACAUCGUGCAAUGGUGAAAAGGUUAACGACAGCAAAAUUUCUGGUGUAUCACCGUUUUUCUCUGCUGAAGACAUAAAUAUAUCAAUAACAACACCGCACACAUGUAUCCAAUCAACAGAUAGUUCCUCGUCAUAUCAUACCUGCACAUCAACGGAGCUAAGCGCAAAAAGUUCCCCAAUUGAAUUUCAUUCCAUCAACAAAUCCGACGACAAUGAUACCAGUUCCAAGUCGAAACUGAAUGAUUGCAGUGCUUGCAAGCACACCAGCUCAAGAGCUCCAUCGGAAGAGAAAGAAAACGUACUGAAUGCAAAUCUACAAAAACCAGAGACUGAUGAAGAUCUCAGUAAAACAUCGUUUGAAUUUUCAAUGCGGAUGCGAACCUCGAAGACUCAAGAAGACUCAGGUGUGUCCAGCCGCAAUUCCAAUUCAAAUUCAAACAACACCAACAACUGCGAGAUCUCAGCGAUUGACAAAGUCGAAAAUUUGUGCAAUUCCAAAGAGGAUCUCAGCUGCUCGGAUUACUCCCGAAGCUAUAAUGUUAGUAAUACAAAUGAGCUCAGUGGCCUGCGCAUGCAUUCACCCUUCCGCAAUAGUUCCCGAAGCUUCAAACGACCCGAGUACCUAAGGUGGAGUUUGAAGAGAAAAAUCCAUUUGAUAAAUCGCUCGGAAAAUAAUUCCGGCUUCGACGUUGAUGCGAGCUCGGGGAGCACUGGCCUGACGCAGGAAAUCGAUAUUUUAGACAUUGGCAGUAGUACGCCAAAGAAGCGAAAAGCCAAGUCGCCCAUUCGAGGUGUGCUCAAGGUUCGAUCUCUGUCCGACGAUGAGUUGCCCAUCAAUGACAAUAUUGCCAAUGUGGUCUUCUCGACACCGGUGUCAUCACAGAAGGCGCCUCGUCGUGAUUGCGGACUGCUGGGGAAGCUGAAGGCGACGCGUUUCGCCUUGCCACUGUCGACGGAGACAAAGAAACGCGACUUGGCAUUGGAGAAAUCUGGUGGAGUGCAAUAUCUAAAAAUUGGCGAUGAGCCGACAAUGUCACCGAUAAAUCAAGGAGCUGGUCUGCCAAAGACCCCAAAGACUGUCAAUACGCCGUUCCGGACGCCGAAAUCUGUUCGUCGAGGAGCUCUCGUCUCGGACGAACGGAUUCUGGGAACUCCCGAUUAUUUAGCUCCUGAGUUGCUUUUAUUGCAUGGACAUGGAAAGGCAGUCGAUUGGUGGGCAUUGGGAGUUUGCUUCUACGAGUUCAUGACUGGCAUACCACCGUUUAAUGAUGAAACACCACAGAAAGUGUUUGACAACAUUCUACACAAAAAUAUUGAAUGGCCACAAGAUGAUGAAGCACUCUCUCCAGAAGCCGUGGAAGCAGUCGAACUGCUUCUAACCAUGGAUCCCCUAGAAAGGCCAGCUGCAAAAGAAGUUCAAGCGAUGAAAUUCUUUAGCUGCAUAGAUUGGGUGAAUCUUGAGAAAGAAACCCCUCCAUUUGUACCUUCCCCAGAAAAUCCCCAAGACACCGCCUACUUCGAUGCUCGCAAUAAUAUGCAACAUCUCAAAUUAUCAAAUUUUGCCCUAGAAGACUAAACCAAUGCUAAAGUUCACUACUUGCCAUAUUAAUUCUUUUAUUUAGAUUCAUUUAGUAAAAUAAAAAAGAACUUAAAGAUCUUUAAGACGAAAUUGUUGCACAGUCAAAUUUCACAACUUCUUUAUAACAUAAAUUAAUUAAUUAAUAAUAAUUGUUCUUAAUUGUUUUAUAUUUUAUAAAUAA